UUGAGAAACACUGCGCUGUCUCGCCUCCUCUAGAAUCAGCUGAUCUUCUCUUGCUCCCGAAGCCAGCAAUUCGGAGCGGAGAUCAAAUCUUCACCAUGGGGUCGAGAGGCGGAGAGAAUUGGGCUGGCACCGUGGAGUCUUUCCGCUUGUCCCCCACGGCGUUCCUCUUGUCCCACGGAGCCGGGGACACCUUUACAGCCGACCUGUUGAACGAACUCCGGAACGAGCGACUGGGGGAGGCAAUCAAGCUCUCGAUGGUGGCUUUAUUCUUGGAAUACCCCACUCUGCUGUGCCCCGAUGCCAAGACGGGUCAGGAAGCCGCAGCGUCCCUUCUCUCCCUCUUCGCCCAGUUGAAUCUCUCUCCCAAGCACAUCAGCCUCCGGUGCUCCCUGCUCUUCGCAGCGGAGACAGUGCUGGUGGUCACUGACAGCCUUGCUGAAGACUGCCCAACCUCGCACGAAUUGCUCUCCGUGCUGCUCCAUCUGGUUUCUGACCUCAACGACGGGCGCGGGGCAGCGGCCGAGCGGCCGAUCCGCGCCGCAGCUUGCGAGUGCCUGCGAGAGCUGGAAUGCUGCUACUGGGGGUUCCUUUUGCACCGCCUGGAGGUCCUACGGUCUUUGCAACGACAGGAGGUGUCUGGGGUCCACCAGGGUUACACGCUGCUGUACAGCGUGGCCCUGCGAAAUGCGGUCCUGCUCCUGGCCCAGAGUGGACAAGGGGGCAUUGGGGAACUUCUUGCAAGCAACGGAGACCUGAUGUGGGAGGCUACGAAGGAAGCGGGCAAGAUCUCGCCCACUAGCAUCGACCAGCUGGUUCUCUUGCCCUCCCCUGCUGACCUCAAGGAGCUGAAAUUGGUGCUUGCGACGUUACUGGACAACAGCUAUCUCUUGACCCCUGCAGCCCAGAGCCAUUUGUUGUGGCACCUAGCUCAGGCUGUGAGCGUGGUACGCACCCAGUCGCCUGCUAUUUUCAAAGCCCAGCUGGCGCGUCUCUUUGGCACGGCCAGCGUGACGCUCGAGCACGCCAUCUUGCAGCUGAAAUCACUCUUCACUGACAGCCUGUUUACCGCCGAGGAUGAGUCCUUCCUCCUGCGACACCUGGUGGGACUGGCGCAGCACCCAGCUCUCCCAGAACCCGUGAAACUUUUCCACCUGGAUUGUCUUUUGCACUUCCCUGAAAACCGCCCGCUGGUCUCGGGAACCGACGAGAGACUGCCGGUUCUGCUCACGCCGCGUGCUACGUCUGGUCUUUUCCCCGGGUUCUUCCAAGACCAGGGUACAGUCCUGGCCCGGAUGAAUUUACUGUGCCUCGUGUGCGUCGAGAGCACGGGACCCAGCGCUGAACGUGGGGCAGGUUACCUUCUGGAGCACGUCCUGGCCCUCGGAGGGCUCGUUGCCCGAGGGGGAGGACCGGACGCCACACGGCUUUUUUUCCAAGCGGCCUUUAUUUUUGCCCAAUAUUUUGGCUCGCAGGCACAGCCCAUGGCAGAACUGAUCCAGUGCCUGCUGGAACUCUACCGUCACCAUUGCACCUUCGCCCCAAACCUCAUCAAUCUGUUGGACGAGACGUGGAAGACACUGGAAGAGUCCAGCUGGGCUAAGACCCUCGCCCGGGCCUUGCAGGAAUUCAUUGUGAGCGUCCCCUUGCAAGAGGAAGACCUAGGUUGGCAUCUCAAGAUUUUGGCCCGGCUGGCAAAGGAGAAAGAUGUCCCUCAGGCAAGCACCAUGCAGUUCUUAGCUCGCCUGGUCGCCUCGGGCAAGCUUGGGGACUGGCGCACAGGGCAGGUCCUCCUGAGCGUUUGCCGUAACCUGAUGGUGCUUCAUCCGUCACCUCCCCUCUCCCAGCUGGCAGCCCUCCUGCACGCCAUCUCCCUCAGCCACACGGACGUGGAUGUCCAGGACCGGGCUCGCUUCUAUUAUACGCUCCUCACCAACCUUUCUGGUGAAAAAUUGAGCUCCGUGCUGGCCCCGGAAGGUCCCGUCAAGACUCGGACGCUCUCCUCUUCCAUUGUAGCUGACAGCGAGAGCUUUGUGGCUGCCCUGACGGUCCACCCUGUGGAGCCAGCCCCACUGAGGCUGCAGCGGGUCGAGAUUUCUGGGGAUGCUCCUCCAGCGCCUCCCGCUGAGCAGGAGGUAGACGGGUACUGCCAGUGGUUGCUGGCAGCCCAGUCUCCCUCACAGCUCAGUUUGGCGUACCAGCUGGUCCACGCAGGGCCUGGCACUCCUCCCUAUGACUUUCUCCUCUGCGUGGUGCUUCGUUUCACGUGCUCCAGCCGCCAUUACGAGCCGGUGCCUGAACUCCGCAUUCCCUGCCUGUCCGCGCAUCGCCCGUCCCCGACGGUGAGGCUGACGCUGCAGCCGCGUUGCCCGUACCCCACGCGGCUGAACGCUUCUGCCCUGUAUACGACGCAAGAUGGACUGACUCGCUGGAGUCAGCUGGAAACCCUUGAGGUGGGCUUCCCUGACCUCUUUCUGCCUCUGCCAGUCCCCACCUGGUCUUCGGAGAAACUUCACCAGCUUUUCGAUGCGCUCUGGCAGCGCCUGCACCCCGACGUGGAAGAAGCACAUGCCGAGAGCCUCACCGUCUGGCCGCUCCCACCCCAAUCCUUGGAGGGGCUGGUGCGGGACCAGUUUCACAGGUACAUCCUGGUUGAGCAAGCAAACAGCUACAGCAUCGUCUUGACUUUGCCACCGCGGUAUCACAUCCUGUUACAAGUGCAGAGUGUGGAAGAUGCCGCCCGGGUGAGCAUUCGCACCGACAACUGGAAGUUGCUACCAUCGCUUAAUCACUAUCUGCAGAGCCUGGUGAAAGCCAGCUGAUGACGCAGCCCUCCUGGGCGGGGAAGGAGGCACUGGUGGGCACAGGACCCCUUGCCACCCACUUUGGCACAGAACUCUCACAUUCUCAGGGACCUUCUCAAUAAAAUUUGUCUUUUGCAAGCCCAGUGUGGCCAGUGGAACGGGGAAGGGGAAGAUGUUUUGGGCAGCCCCGUUGAGCAU